UUCUCCGAGAUCCGUGAUGCGGUUUCGUUCGCCCUUCGGCUCGACUCGGGUCGAGGUUCGAGUCGCCUCCGCCUUUGCCCCCGCCCCCGCGUUAAACCACGCCGCGACUGCUUUCGCCUUCGUCUUCGCCUUCGCCUUCGCCUUCGCGAGUCUACUCAAACCACCCCCUCCCCGUUUAGGCAACGAUCGCCGCGCCAAAGGUGACUGUCCAAGUCAGUGUCGAAGCCGCGCAGUCAUCGGUUGCACCGCGUUCUGGAACUCUUUCUCGCUCCGUCCUUUCAAACUCCUCCUCGCCCAAAGUUUGUCCUAUUUUUUUCGACGAAUGUGUUCGAUUGAAAAAAACAGACAGUUUCGCGUUUCUUCGCCCAUGGCAACGAGUUUUGAACGAGAUUCGUUCGUUUAUCGAAAAUUAUCAAUGAUCGCAGUGUAUGUACAGUAUCAGUGAGAAAAAAACGGAUCCAAGUGUUUUCCAUCGGAACGGGAAAGUAAGUGUGUUUCAUUGAUUUUCUCGAAAUGAUUACGAGGAUCGUUCAUCUGUUGAUCUGUCAUUGGUGACUUCUUCUCGAGAAAUAAAACGAAUGUAAAACAGUUUUCACCUCAAACUCGUUCGACUCGAUGAUCGAAAUCGAGACGUUUCGAUCGAAUCGGUGACGCGAUCAUUUCGAUUUGUCGGCGAAAAAUUUUACCGGUAAAGUGUGAAACGAACAUCAACGAGCGAUUGAUGUUUCUUAAUUGUUAAAUUAAAUUAAAUCAUCAACGGUAACAACGUAUAAUCGUCAGAGGAUAAAAAGAAGGGGAAACGAAAUAGAAAUCAACUGGCAAUUCUACUCUGGCUUGAAACGCUACAAUGUCGUAUUUGGACGGCUGAUUACGAAUGCCGCGGUGUUAGCUCACGGGGAGGAUGUUUCACGGGGGCGGAAGUAGCGGGUACGGCGCCAGCUCGGAUUACCAACAACAGUCGCAACAACAGCAGCAACAGCAACACGGCCAACAGCUUCAAGCGCCCGUCUACGUGCCGUCCUCGAGGCCUACGAUCCCGUCCGCGGCCACAGCGGCGGCAGCCGCGGCCGCGGCCCAGUACCAUUCCUUCCCCGGCUCUGGCUCGCCUGCUUGGGAGAAGACUGCAGCGGCGGCGGCCUCGUGGCAGCAUGGGGUGGAGACGUACGCGGCGCAUCACGCGCUCGCGGGGCACGCAAGCGGGUCGGCGGCGGCGGCGGCCGCGGCCGCGGCAGCGAUGGGCCCGCACUCGGGCCACACGCACCCGCACCCGCACACGCACCCGCACGCGGCCCAUCCGCACACCGGCCACCCUCACUCGAGCCUCGCAGCGGCCGCGGCCGCCCCCUUUUACGCGCAGAACGUCGCCAUGAUGUCCUCCUGGCGCGCCUACGACGGAGCCGGAUUUCAACGCGCCUCCCCCUAUGACACCGCGAUGGAUUUUCAAUUCGGCGAGGGUCGGGAGUGCGUUAAUUGCGGCGCAAUAUCGACUCCGCUUUGGAGGAGGGACGGAACAGGACAUUAUCUGUGCAACGCGUGCGGACUGUACCACAAGAUGAACGGGAUGAACAGGCCCCUGAUAAAACCGUCGAAGCGUUUGACCGCGACCAGGCGGUUGGGUCUGUGUUGCACGAAUUGCGGCACCCGCACCACGACCCUUUGGAGGCGCAACAACGAGGGCGAGCCCGUGUGCAACGCUUGCGGCCUCUACUUCAAGCUGCACGGCGUGAACAGACCGCUGGCCAUGCGGAAGGACGGGAUCCAGACGCGGAAACGGAAGCCGAAAAAGACACCCGAGCCGAACGCGAGGUCCUCCACCGUCGAGCACGAGGCCGCCGCCGCCGCCGCCGUUUCGACCGCUUCUUCUCCCUCCACCGAAUUAAAGGGUAACCAGCAACAGCAACAGCAGCAGCAACAGCAACAACAGCAGCAGCAGCAACAACAUCAAAUCGAGGUGUCCAAAUCGUCCGCCGGUGGUGGCUCGAGUUCGUCAGAGAGACCGGUUUACCUCGGGCACACGUCUCUUUUAGCGACAGGAAGCGUGGCCACCGUCAAAACGGAACCUCGAAGUUGUGAUGGGAUCGUUGGUCAACCGUAUUCCUCGUAUUAUCAACAUCCGCAUCAACUCGGGGUGUCGAGCAGCGAGCAUCAGCAACAGACUUAUUACGGGAGCCAGGAAGCACCUUACCAUCACCAGCAUCACGUUACCGCGGCUGCCAAGUUAUUGGCAUCCACGUAAUUUCAUCUCAUUGUUUCCGCGACGCGGCAACAGCGAAAGAAAAAAAAAGAAAAGAAAAGAAAAAAAAAGAAAAAAGAACGAGACGAAACCAGCGAAAUUCGGUAAUACGGGGUUUUUCUUCGUUUGCAUUUCAUCGUCGCUCGUAUUUUCGUUUUGUCACUUAUCCGUUGUCGCUCGUCGUUGCACUACACUACAAAUCGUAAAAAAAUCGAUCGACGAACGCGCGGGAAAAAUACGCCGAUAUACGAUGUUUUAUGUUUUUCGUUCAUUGUUCGUAGACGACUCGCCGCCAUUUUGAAUAUUAUCGCAGCGACCGCUCAAGUAUCGAUCGAUCUUAAUCGAUUCGCCUUCUCUCGAGGGGACGCGACGCGUAUGUAUUUCAUUACGAUCGUGAUCGUAAUCACACGUUUUCUCGUGCGAUCGAAUUGUGUUGGAAACAUACGUAUUUAUAUAUACGUCGGACGAAAUACUAGUGUAUUCGCGUAUAAAAGAUACUCGAUUGUAAAUAUAAUUCGCAAAUCACGAAUCACGGUAGAUUUCCACGGUAGACUAGUUCCAAAGGCGUGUCGAAAGGAACGCGGCGAAUCUGAGGUACGCAAACGACAAACUCGCUUUGAAGAAAUGUCAGCUUUUUUGUACAGUUCCUGUAUGAUUAGUUUUCCGACGCGCAAUAAAGAGAACACAGCUUUCGA